AUAGGUUUGUUCUGGUCUAUUUUCAUUCGUUGAACGGAAUUUGAUGUCGCUGGUUCGUUUUUUGAUUCUGUUCGACUAUAAUACGUGAUCGUGAAAUAAACAUUGGCUUGGAACAGGCCAUGACGCGUGCGGCUUUACCGCUAAGUAAAAAGACUUGAAAGAGUAAUGUUUGUGAAUUUUUGACUUCACAAAAAUGGAAAUCGUUGACAUCGAAGAAUGCCAGCCCGACCCUGUUGCGGUCACUAGAAAGAAAAGUUUAUGGUCUAAAAUUAACAACAAAACAACUUACAGUUACUUGUUCAAUAUAGUUAUAUCAAUACUUUUAUUAACUUGUCUCGUUUUGGUGUUGUACUUUUUUAAAGAAUAUCUAAAGACUGUUUUAUAUUGGGUCGACGCUCAAGAUCCGUGGAUUAUUUUUUUGUUGUUCAUGUGUCUGUUUCUGAUCGUGAGUUUUCCGGUGGCUGUUGGUUAUUUAAUUUUGAUAAUAACGAGCGGCUAUCUGUUCGGGAUGCUGAAGGGCAUGGGAACUGUGUUAGUGAGUGCUAAUUUUGGCGUGGCGGUCGCUCAUUUCACGUUGAAGGCGUUAAGAGCGUAUCUUCCACUUGACAAACUGUUAAAGCAUGACACCGCAAGAGCUCUGCUCAAGGUUAUCUCGGGACCUCAAGCUUUUAAGAUUGUGUUCUUCGCGAGACUCACGCCGAUACCUUUUGGAUUGCAGAACACUAUUUUCGCUGUAAGCGACGUUCACGGUUGCGGCUACCAUCUCGCGACGAUGCUCGGUCUGCUGCCGGCGCAGGUGAUCAAUGUCUACCUCGGCUCGACGCUCCGGUCCAUCCACGACGUGCUCCACGAGUCCCACGUCACCGGAUACAUCGUGUUCGCUUUCCAGAUAUUAAUCGGCAUUACACUGAUGGUGUGGGUCGUGCAAAAAGCCCGAAAAGAGCUCACCAUAGCGAUAAUGGCCGCGGAACUAGGCCGAGAAACAAUAUCGACGUCAAGCAGCUCCUCGAUCAGCUAGCCCACGGCGAAAGCGUCCACCGACAUGGACAGUGUCUCUGAAGAACGUCCCAGCUAGGGACGGCUGCUCAGGUGCCCCGUGUUACCCAGACCGAGAUGGAACCUACGUCUGAAUAAGGGCUCUGUACCCUGGUGAUAUUAUUAUAAGUUGACUGUGCCUCUAAGAGGAUUUUGAAAGUGAAUGAAAUGAGGUUUGUAUCUAUGUCGCCGCAUAGGGAUUGCUUCACGAAUAGCAAAGGCAAUUUGGUGAAUUAGCGAAGUUGAAAAUGAUUUUGCUUGCUGAAUAGUGGUGUAAGACCAAACAAAUUAUUAAAAGAAUGCGACGUUAAAUUCACGAGAGUGAAAAGAACUCGUGCAUUAAUCUACCUAUUGACUGAUAUCCAAUACUAUUGAUACUCGUUUGCUUAUCAUAAUACCUUUCUCAUAUUAACCGUGUUAUAGUUUCAAUUGCCUAUAAUAGAGUGACUUGCGCCACCAUUCAAUAGUCAAGCAGUGACUUAACGGGAUUCUCGUUAGUACAUAAAUAUGUGUUUCGAUUGGCAACUUGCAAUUUUCCUAGUCAUCACGGCCCUAUCAAUGGCUUUAUAGUAUGAUAAUACAUACGUCGUUUUUGUGUCGACGGGUCGUUGAGCGACCCUUGGUCGGAACCGAUCAUAUUUUGAAUGAUUACAAAGUCUCGCAUGCAAAGUGACAUGUUUGCUCUCGUUUGAUAAUGCGUAGAGUUCAAUAAAACAUUGAAAAAUACCUAUAUAAUGUUGAAAUACUUCAGUGCCAUAAUCACAACGCGAUAUACUUCCAAACGAUUUCAUUGCGUGCUUUUACCCUUUGCAUAAUAUUACGGAACUGUGGGUAGUUGAAUAAGAAACUUUAUUUCUUCCGAAUGCGAGUUGAUACAUUUCAAUUGUUUUGAUUCUCACGUGAUUUAAGGGCGUGUUACACUAUUUUUUGUAGAUUUUCGAUAUUUAAUUUUCUCUGUAAUGCAGUAUGUACUUUUCAAGGUUGCAUCGUCUGAUGCGAAAGUAUUUCUACUGGAAACGGUAAAAUAGCUGUCCCGCCACUUAAACGAUGCAAUAAAUAAACAUUUUGAUAAUAAUUUUCUUAAGUAUAUAUUUAAAUGUUGACCUUCCGUAUUUCUUUACAAAGUUUUCUUGCCAUAUUUUUUUCAUUUUGUAUAAUCUACAUAGGAAGUUAAUUGGCUUUUCUGAAAAUUUAAUAUAAGCCGUUGACGUUAAUUAUAAUUAACUUGUUGAUAAGAUCACAGCCGUAUGUUUUAUUCAUAACUUGAGGUUUUAUUUUUAUAACUACAAUUCUAUGUAAUGCCCUUUUCCAAUUUGCAUAAUUAACCUUUUCAAAUGAUUAAAAAUCUAACAAAUCAUUCUUAUCAUUGACGCACGUAGUAGAGACAAUCGUAAAGUUUUUUAUUAAUAGUAAUUUUAUAAAUAUUUUUAUCAAGGAGCCUUUAAAAAAAACAAUGUUAUUAAGACGCCGCAAAACAGGUCGCAUUAAAGUAUAUUUUAGUAGUAAAAAAUGCUUCCCAGUACUCUGUAAAUUUUAUUUAUUAUAAAUUUAAUAUUUAAGAAAAUUAUUCUCGACACUGAAACGGUAAGGUCCGGAUGUCUUCGAUUUCAAAUAUCCAAAUUAAAUAAUUCAAACUGUAAUUGGACUACGAAAAAUUUCAAGUUAAUAUUUGUUUAAAUAAUUGAUCGAAUGUAAUGUAGAGUAAACGUGUAAUAGCUAAGAAAAAUGAAAACAAGAAAACACAGUAAUCCGUAUGGAUGCAACAGAUUUGGCCUUAACGUCUGGUGUUGAGUUUUAACAUCGGUUUAACUGAAUGUGAGUAAUCCGAUAACUAUAAUCCGGUGUUUGAAAAACGAAUUGUCUGACGCUUAGGAAAUGUCAAAUUGACAUUGGGUCACGCCAGGUUUGUUCCUGUCAAACCUAGAAAAAUAAAUUCAGAAAUAAUAACAAUUCGACUAAAUAAAAACCUAGUCAUUAUUAUGAUAGUGUGUAUAAUUACGUAAAUACGUACGAAAAUAAUUAACUAUAUUUAUUAAAUUAUACAUACUUUGUUUGAAUUAUUUUUUUAAAACUCACGUAUUUGCUACUGGAAAAAGAACACUGUGUUACCUACAUAAAGAUGAUUUAUGUUAUUUUUGUAAUAGUUUACUUAUCUGACCUUUUGCCUUGUACGUAAUGAUAAAACUACUAUUAACAUGUGAUUGAUUAGUGAGUGUUAGUAAUUAAGUGAGUUUAAGAUGAAUGAAAAUUUAAGCCUUCUUAAAAAUAGCUUUUUUAUAAUCAUAGAUACCGAAAGGUAUUAAAUGAUUUUGUAUUUAUUUUUGUCUACUCUGAGACUAAUAUACAAAUUAUCAAUAAUAUUAAUAAUAGAGACGAACGCGGGACCUCUUUAAAAAUGGACACUCGAAGUUUCUCCUUUGUAAUAUGAAAUACCGACAACAAAGCCAAUAAAAUAAAAAACAUCCCUACAUUAAAAAUUUUAAUAAGAGUAUCUAGGUGAAACUAAAAAUUGUUUUCUCUUGUCACAACAGAAUGCUUUUCCUCCCCAAACAUAAAGUUCUUUGCUGCGAUAUUAACGUGAGAUUAUGAAUGGAACCAAAUAGGUUAAGUGAAUGCAUGUCUAAACUUUUUGAUAAAAAUAAAUAUUUUUCGGCGAAAACGCGUUUACCGCUAUAUUUUUAUUCUAACUGAUCUGAGUGUUCUGAGAUUAAAAAAUGCUUUGUUGAGACAUUUUUUCAUUAUUUUGUUAUUAUUUAAUAGGUGUAAGAAUGUUAGUCAGCUAGUUAUUUCUAUUAUUAAAAUAAUUAUUAUAUUAACAUGAUAUGCACUAGAUAAGUAAACAAUAACAUCACAAUAAUGUAAUUAUUGUACAUAAAAAGUAGAUUUUACAGUAUGAAUCCUUUAUUUAUUUUUUCUCAAUUCGGUCGUAAAUAAAUUAGAUGAAAUCUAAUUUUGAAAAUGAUUCUGUCACUACAAAUCCCUUUUUAGAAAUGUUGCCAAAAUUAUAUCGAAACUAGCUCAUUAGCUUUGCACGUCAAUAUUUAGUAAAUGUACUUAAUAUAGUACAUUUAGUAAUCAAACAGAAUUCGAUUGACGCAUUCCGAAUAGCACAUGUGAUUGAAUUUAACGUCAACUAAAAUACAUAUGUCAAUGUCAAAUGUCAAUUUGACAUAACUAAUGUUGAAUUCAAAUGACACUGAACAUAGAUGAUGUGACACUGAAGACUACUGUCAAAUAGGAUAAAUCACUAACUGGAUAAAGUGGCAUCGCAUAAAAGUUACUUAAAAACCUGCAACUAAACAAUAAUACGUAAAGCCACUUAAAAGAGGAGUCGUUAGAUUAAUUUACAGCUGCAAAAUAUUUCAAUGGCAUAGAGAUAGGCAUAUCUCAUCAUAGAGAAAGGCUAUUUGGUUUAAACAUUAGUGAAUUUUUGACUUAAGUGACAUUUUUGCAACUUUAUAGGAGAGCCAUUUAUAGUUUAAAAUUUGGGAAAAAUCUUGUUCAGUUUGAAUAGGAAAGAGAUUGAAGUUAAAUUAAAGACAUCGAAUUGUUGAUUCUAAUACCAAAGAAAACGGACCGUUAAUUACAAAAAUAAAUGUCACUUAAACCAACUAAGCUUUCACCCAUCGAUAAAUAUUUUUUAAUUAAUUAAAAUAUUAAUGUCUCAUCAAAAUAGUGUUUGAAUGAUUUAUUAUGUAUUUUUCGUUGUUUUAUUAUUCUUAUUAAUCUCCGGCCUAUUUUCUAUAUUAAUUCAUGAAUCUGAUAAUAUGUGGAAUCAAUUUUAUUACGAAGUGCAAUAUUAUGUAAUUCUAAGGUUCUUGAAGCUAUUUAUUUUGUAAUAUCAAUUUUGUAAAUAUGACUAGUUUUAUAAUAUCGACGCUUGAAAGGCAAACAUGACUAAGCGACAAUACUGCUUUGUACAUAAAUGAUAGGCAAUCACCAUAUUCGAUGCGCAAAAAAAAAUUAUUUCUAGGUCUAUUAAAAUCAUUUCAAUCCUACAGCUACUAGCUAGAUUCGUUAAAAUAAAUUUUGUUUUCAGGUAUUUCAACUUUAAAUUAGUCUACUGUAAAGUUCACGCAUUAUCGCUUAGUCACGUUUGCCUUUCAAGCGUCGAUAUGUAUUGUUUAAAAAAAAACAAUUUAAUUUCUUUAAAUUAACAAUGAAUUGGAAAUUUAUUUUCUGAAACAUGUGUAUACUGUUUGUUCUUGCUAACCGAUAUGUUUGCGGCGCACGAAUUUUAUUCUAAAUUAGGGAAAUUCGACAGAUCCUUCAUCCUCUUUUUUCGACUUUAAUUGAUAAUUUAACAAGGCUCUAAAUUCCACGAAAUUUCUAUUUGCCCAAUAGUCGUAUCUAAGUCAAUUUCAUUUGUUUUAAACUGACUCAGCUGUUUUUGAAUGUUCUAGAAAAUUCACUGCCAACCGUAAUGUUUGUAAGUAAUUGCUGUAGAUGUGGAGAUUGUUAUUACCCAUAUCAUGACAUCACCGAAUGUCACAUGAAUACCGCCUUCCGCCUUCAGACAUAAGAUUGAAGACUCAAAUUUCAAGCCCUCACCCUUCACACCAAUGCGUUCUGGUUUGAACCAGAAAAGGGCAUGCGAAAUUGAUUUUUAUGUUACACCGCUAUUCUAUUUCAGUUCAGUAUGUAAAAUUACUAGUGCCAAAUAAUUUAAAUACAAUAAUUCGAUACUUACAUUAGUAAUUUAGGACAUAAUAUUUUUGACCACGUCAAUAAUGUUAUUUUUAUAUAAAGGCAUUCAAACAUUAUAAUGUAUAAUUAAAAUAUAAAAUCCGUUUCAAGUUCAUGAUCAAACGCAACGGAAUAAACUAUUAGCAACAACAACGCCGUUUCAUAAUGUGUUUAAAUAAAUAUUUAUAUAAAAAUAAUUAAAAAUCAAUUUCAAAUGUAAAUGUACCUACAUUUUAUAUUCUCAAAACGUAUAAUGUUUCAUAAUAAAUGACGACGCUCAGAAUUUAAUACGAAGAAAAGGUUUAUUUUGUAAUGUUAAGUAUUGAAUUGAAAUUAAGUAUAAAUUUAUUAAAUGCAUUUACUCUUAAAA